UAUGCAUACAGUACAUCACACAGCUUUUUCCUAAAAUUUACGUUCAAUGGCGUUCAGUAACUGUUUUUGAUUCUGAAAACGGGCAUUCAUGAACGUUAAUUCAUGAAGAAACUUUAACUAACCAAGAAAAACAUUCAUCUCCAAAGACAAAUAGUAGACUUUUUUUAAUGUAUCGAUUAACGAAAAAUUACUUUCGUCUUCUCGUCCUUUUCGCUUUUGGACUUGUGUUUCUGUUCUUGACUUGGCAAAUGGGAAUUUCUUUCGGCAAUGCUAGCGUUCAUUAUAGUAAAAAGUUGAACAGAAUCUUACGAUUAAAUGGAAAGAAAAACGUUGGUAAUCACGAUGAAGAAAUCGAUCUUGGAGAAACUGGAAAUCGCCAUCGAUAUCAAGGAUCGAAGAUAAAGGUUAAAUCUUCUGGAGAUAGCUUUCGUGAGAGAAAAAAGAAAAACAGCAAGAUUGAGAAAAGAAAUAAAGAAACUCCAAAAUCAAUGCAUUUCAACAAAGCAAAAGAGUCAAAAAGGAAGAUAAAGAAAAAGAACAGAAAUUAUGCAGUCUUUAAACCCACUAAUUUGCCAGAAACGAGAAAAAGCCUAGAGGAAUUAACAACCCAUUCUGCAGCAUCACCUUCAGUACCAACGAACACACCAAUAACAUUACCAGUACCAGUUACCUCCCAUUCUUCCUGGUCAGAGGUAUAUGGGGAAUCUGGAUGCCCACCAAACCCUUGGAGAGCAACCUUACUUGAGUUGUUUACAGAGUGGGUGAAGAUAGCAAAGAAGCAUAAUAUUGAAUAUAUUCUAUUUUAUGGCUCAUUACUUGGAGCCUUGAGAACAGGCGAUGUUAUUCCUUAUGACUCUGAUAUUGAUCUACUUAUGGAUGUGAAAUAUUUUCCAAUGAUGAAGGAAAUAGCAGUUGCCAGGGAUUUUGAUGUCAGUGAUGGAAAAAUAAGGCUCGUUGUUCAACCUGAAUUUGACCAUGAUGUGUCGUCAAAUGCAAGAAAAAGAUACACUUGUCAAGGAAAGUUAACUCCAGUAAUGGUUGACAGCUGCUCCUUCCAAGAACCCCUGGCUCGGCUUGUGAAGACAAACCUUCACAUUGACUUCUACCACUUUUAUGACAAAGGCAACUACUUAGAGGACCCCUCUGAGGAAGACUUAAAGACUUAUGAUAAAAAAGACAUGUUUCCUCUCAAACCUUGUAAGUUCAUGGGACUAGAUACUUUUUGUCCAAACAAACCUUGGAAACUCUUAAAGCAGUAUUUUCAUUCAGAAAAUUUGGAAUCAAAUUACAAGUGUAAGAACAAAAGAUGGGUGGACAAGAAUGGCAAGAUGUAGUUUACUUCAAUAGAUGUUUAUUUUAGAAAUUAUAAUAUCUGCAAUAUUCUGUUUAUCUAAUAUAAAUCAAAAGUUGAAAUAAAUAAUAAUAAUAAUAGUAAUAAAUAAUAAUAAUAAUAAUAAUCCCAGCAGAACAAAAUGUGCCCCUAAAACAAGUAGAAAAACUCUCGAAGCACAAAGAUGUAGAAAUAGAAAUUUAAAAAAUGUGGGGUAUGGAAACAAAAACCAUACCUAUUGUCAUUGUGGCACUGGGGUUAAUUCACAAAGGACUAGAGCAAUAUGUCAACCAUUUAAAAGUGGAUAGACAUCUGUAUCACAGAAGUACAGAAGAUUGCUCUCCUUGGAACUGCGCACAUCAUCAACUCUCAUGAUUACUUGAUUUCUUUUUUCCCUUUUAAUUGAUUAUUUUAUUUUUUAUUUUACUUAUACCUCGUAUUGUAAAUAUAUUCUUGUUUUCCCAAGGCCCAUGGAUUGGACUCGGUAAACUACAAGAAUUUUGAUAAUAAUAAUAAUGAUAAUAAUAAUGAUAAUAAUAAUGAUAAUGAUAAGGGAGGGAGGACAAGAGUGGAAAAAAAAUCAUUUUGAUGAGUUUUUAGAACGCAAUAGUUUU